ACACACACACAUACAGUCGUCAUCCUGUCCUGCCACUGUUCUGUUCCCGGGAAAAGCUGGACCCGCACUUCACUUCACCUUCAUUGUACUUUUUGCGAAACGCGCGUAAAGGAGGACGCACGAGCAGCUGAGACGCGCACCGGGUGAAACUCUGCGGAGCGUCUAUUCUUCUGAGUUCACUGUCUGUCACCCACUGGGAUUUACAGGAGCAGCACCAUGACAGAAUCCAGCCGUUUCUCUGCCAGUUUGUGUGACUGUUUUAUUUGUGUUUGAUGGUGAUUUUUUUUUUUUUGUUUGGUGCCGUUUCCUCUGCGAAGACCUGGAAUGGAAAAAGUUGAUCCGCCUCGUGUGGACUGUAGUAAAAACUCCCAGGAAAGAAUGAAGUAACCGCGAUGGAGCCGGACAAUGCCCCGCACUCCAAACUCAAAACCACUGGAGUCGGGGGGAGAUUUCUGAUUCUUUGGACGAUUCUCUCCUGCUCUCUGAGGCUGGCACAGGCACAAGAUGUGGAUGUUCUGCAGCAGCUCGGGCUCUCUGAGCGAAGGCCAGGCGGGGCACCAUCUUCAGGAACGAGAACCAUCCCUAAUGGCUUCAUCCCCUUCAAGUCUGGAAUCAUCCUCACCCCCAGGGCACGGAUUCAGGUUCCUCUGCGCACUGUUAUCCCUGCAAACUACAGCUCCGCCAACCUCUCCCUGAUCCUCAGCUUGUCUGUCCAUCGCGUCAACAGCGCUUUUCUUUUCUCAGUUCUGUCCAAGAAACGGAAAGUGCAGCUCGCGCUGCAGUUCGUGCCGGGUAAGGUUGUGGUCCACGUGGGGCAGAGGAGCUCUGUGAGUUUCGACUAUGAUGUCCACGAUGGCCGCUGGCACAGUCUGGCCCUGGACGUCCAAGGCCAUGAGGUGUUUCUACACACUUCUUGUGGAAAUCAAAGUGUACAUGCAGAUUUGCCUUCUAAAAAGGAGGAGGCCCUGGAUCCGGAGGGCUCUUUCCUCCUGGGAAAAAUGAACCACAACUCGGUGCCAUUUGAAGGCGCCAUAUGUCAGUUUGACAUUUAUCCAUCUGCUAAGGCAGCUCAUAACUAUUGUGAUUACAUUAAGAAACACUGCAGAGAAGCCGACACCUAUCGGCCCGUAUUUCCACCCCUUCUACCUCUUUUUUCCACGGACCCAAACAUUACUGUCACUCACGUAGCUCCGCUGUCACUGACAGAGCUUUCCACAAAGGGCCAGAGGCCGACUCUGGCUUUGACGGCGGAAAACACCAGGACUACAAUUCUUGUCCCAACUGACCGGUCGCUGACGCAGAACCAAACAUCUGUGUUUCAAAAACCCGGUGCUGCGUCUGUUUCUCCACAGCUUCAUCCAGGGUUGGAAAGCCCGUUCGAAUUUCCAACUCAAACGGUUACUACAUCGCUGAGGAUCAACGUGACGCCACCGAACCCAACUUCACACGCCGGCAAGAACACAAAGCAAAGAGAUACUACUGCCAAUGGGGAUAGUAUGGAUUUACCUUCCUCUACUAGACCAUUGGAGAUUCAGCCAAACCUCCAGACCACCCCUGCCUCCACACAUGCGUCUCCUUCAACCGCCUACCUUCCCCAUAAAACCGAGUUGAGCACAGUUCCUCCAAAGGAACCUGAGCCAAGGGUGACCGAUGUGCAUGAUGUCAAACCCACCUCGCUUAUUCUAGUGACUCCAGCUGCAACAGAUGGAUUCCAAACAUUCGACCAGGAACCGACCCACUACUCGCUGCUGGCUGGAGCUCCUGGACUAAAGGGAGAACCAGGACCACCGGGACUUCAAGGACUUCCAGGGUUGCCAGGAAAGCCAGGGAAGAGGGGCCCAAGGGGUCCGCCCGGCCCACAUGGAAACCCUGGUCGUCCUGGCUCUCCAGGAGUGAAGGGACAAAAAGGAGAUCACGGACUGUCCCCUGGUCAAACCCCAAAAGGAGAAAAAGGAGAGUAUGGUGUUGUGGGUCCUCCUGGAAUGCCUGGCCAAGAUGGACGAAAGGGACACAAAGGUCCUCAUGGUCCUGCUGGUCUCCAAGGUGAACCCGGUGAACGAGGAGAUGAUGGAAGCCCGGGGGCCAAAGGCUAUCCUGGCAGGCAGGGUUUUCCGGGGCCUGUAGGAAAAAUGGGGCCAAAGGGAGUCAGGGGUCACAUCGGCAACCCUGGGCUUUUUGGUCUUCCCGGUCCUGAUGGCGAGAGAGGUAUUCCCGGCGUGCAUGGGAAGAAGGGCAAGAUGGGUAGGCCGGGCUUUCCUGGGAACUUUGGAGAGCGGGGACCUCCUGGGCCUGAUGGAAACCCAGGUGAACUGGGAGCUCCUGGGCCACAUGGAGUCCCUGGUCUCAUUGGAGACUUGGGCCCUCUCGGCAUCAUGGGCUUAGCGGGACCACCAGGACUCAAGGGAGUUCCAGGGAACCCGGGGGACGCAGGACUGAAAGGUGAUAAGGGGGACGAUGGCUUGCCAGGAGAGCAAGGGGAGAGCGGAUUCCAGGGGGACAAGGGUUUUCGUGGCUCACCUGGGUUACUUGGUCCCCGUGGAAAACCUGGACCACAGGGCAAACCUGGGGAAAAAGGCCCGGAUGGUUUACCUGGCCCUCUUGGCCCAGAGGGCUUUCCAGGGGACAUCGGCCCACCAGGUCGAAACGGCCCCGAAGGACCCAAGGCGAAGCAGGGACUUAGCGGUUUGCCAGGUCCGAGAGGAAAUCUUGGACUUCAGGGUGAUGAGGGACCAGUCGGUCCAGCUGGACCCGCUGGAUUCGAGGGCAGACCUGGGAGGCAGGGAUUCCCUGGCUUGACGGGCCCAGAUGGACUCAAGGGCGAGACUGGGAUAACUGGCGAGGUCGGAAAGCUUGGCGAGAGGGGACUGCCUGGUUUCAUUGGGCCUGCUGGAGAGAAGGGUAUCGCCGGAGAAAAGGGGGAUCGAGGAACAACAGGCACCCCUGGGCCGCCAGGGGAACGGGGGCCGAUGGGUCACACUGGAAUACCUGGAGAGACUGGAGCAUGUGGAGAACAAGGGAUCCCAGGGCUUCCUGGUUCACAGGGAUCCAUCGGCAUCCGAGGGCCCAAAGGCAUCAGGGGUCCAAGGGGUCCCGAUGGCCCGGUGGGGGAGGAAGGCUCCGCAGGAAUAAAGGGCCCCGACGGUCCACCAGGAAAAUUGGGCCUCCCUGGAGAGAUGGGGAAGCUCGGCGAGGCAGCAGAAUCUGGGCCUCAGGGAUUUCCAGGUAUUCAAGGGUACUCGGGUCCUCCAGGAGCCAAAGGAUUUGCAGGAGAGCCUGGGCCAGCAGGGCCACAGGGAACGAUCGGGCCCCUGGGGGAGAUGGGGCCGACGGGUCCACCAGGGAAGGAUGGAGAGAGAGGACCGCCUGGUGAAACUGGGGAGAAGGGCUUCAUCGGUCUGCAUGGUAUCAUGGGAGAGCAGGGUCUGAUUGGCCAGAGAGGAGAGCCAGGCAUCGAUGGGGAGGCUGGACCAAGUGGACCAGAUGGAGCCAAGGGUGAAAAGGGGGAAGCUGGACCGGAGGGGGCUACAGGUGAGCGGGGUGAAAUUGGCCUGAAAGGAAAGGAAGGACCUCCCGGGCCCCCUGGACUGGUGGGUGUGAGGGGACAGGAGGGGAAACCCGGCACACUUGGUGAAAGAGGAAAACCAGGACAAAAGGGGAGCAAGGGUCAACAAGGUCACCUGGGAGAGACCGGGCCAAUCGGUGAGCACGGAGGAAUGGGGUUACCUGGACAGAAGGGACCAAGAGGCACCAUCGGACCAGUGGGUGCACCAGGGAGAAUGGGCCAACAAGGAAACCCGGGCAUAUCAGGUUACGAGGGUCACAUGGGACCGCAGGGCCCCCUGGGACCUCCUGGGCCGAAAGGUGAAAAGGGCGAACAGGGGGAUGACAGUAAGGUAGAAGGUCCUGCAGGUCCCCAAGGUGACAGAGGUCCUCCUGGAGAUCGAGGAGAGAGAGGAGAGCCAGGUGACCUGGGACACAUUGGUCAAAUAGGUUUUGAUGGAAAGAGAGGUGAAGCUGGUGCCACCGGGCUUCCUGGACAUCCUGGGCCAAAGGGAAGACCAGGGAUGAAAGGAUCCAAAGGUGAUCAAGGUAAGAAAGGAAAAUCUGGGACACCAGGCGCAGCUGGCACCAGAGGACCACCAGGUCCAGUGGGUCCUCCUGGCCCGCGGGGAGUGGUGGGCAGGGAGGGACUCGAGGGGCUGCCUGGAAUAGACGGGCUGCCUGGUAGAGAUGGAGAUAAAGGAGUCAAGGGGGAGCAAGGAGAAGAUGGAGAAGUGGGCUUACCUGGAAAACCUGGGCUGCAGGGGGGAAGUGGUGUGACAGGGCUUCCUGGAAGUCAAGGCUCCUUCGGACCAAAGGGUGAGAGGGGUCUCCCAGGUCAAACUGGUCCGUCUGGGAAAAGAGGCUUGAUUGGUGGGAUGGGACUUCCAGGAAAACAAGCAGACCUGGGACCUCGAGGGCAACCAGGGGAUAACGGUGAACAAGGAUUUCCAGGCGUGUUCGGUCUGUUUGGGCCAAAGGGACCUCCGGGAGACAUGGGCUCAGCAGGGAUACAGGGCCCCAGAGGACCACGUGGUUUAAAGGGUAUGGAGGGAGCUCUGGGUCCCGUUGGCAUCAUUGGCCCCGGCGGUCAUCCUGGACCCCAGGGUGACAAAGGAAGUCGGGGGGAGACGGGGCUGCAGGGACCAAGGGGGUCUUCGGGUCCUCGUGGACCACCAGGACCACCGGGUCUUCCCAGUUCUACCCUUUCACUUAGAAAUGAGGCUCUUGGUGCCGCCUUUCAAGUCAUCAUCGAUUCCCACACUGCUCUGAGGCAAGAGCCCUUUCAGAACAUGGACCAGCCCGUGUUGGACCAGGGCACAGAGAUCUUCAAGACCCUGCAGCAUCUGAGCACUCUGAUCCAGAGUUUGAAGAACCCGCUGGGAACCCACGACAAUCCUGCCCGAAUCUGCCGGGACCUCUACAACUGUGAACACAGGAUGUACGACGGCACGUACUGGGUCGACCCAAACCUCGGCUGCACUGCCGACACCGUUGAGGUGACGUGCAACUUCACCGCUGGAGGACAAACCUGCCUGAAGCCCAUCACAGUGUCCAAGCUGGAUAUGGGAGUGGGUCGUAUCCAGAUGAAUUUCAUCCACCUCCUGAGCACAGAGGCCGUGCAGCACAUCACCGUCCACUGUCUCAACACAGCGGUGUGGGCAGCAGGACCCUCCCUGCAGCCUUCAUCCAGGGCCGUGAGCUUCAAGGCCUGGACCGGAGAGAGGAUUAGAGCGGGGGACCUCCUGGAGCCGCACAUCCCCAUCGAUGACUGCUGGAUCAAAGAUGGACGCUGGCACCAGACCCACUUCAUCUUCCAGACCCAGGACCCAAACCUGCUCCCCAUAGUGGAUGUGCAGGAUCUACCCACAGCAGAACCUGGAGCACGCUAUCACCUCGAGGUCGGACCUGUAUGCUUCUUAUAGGGCCCCGUGGAGGGGGUCAGGAAUACUCCUUAAAGGAGGGACUGCCUGGGGGGGGUACGCCUCCUUCAGACCUCCGUCUUCUCUCUACCAAAUAUGCUCAGACUGCAGCCACAGGUGUCGGCACCGGAGAGAGAGGCAGCCAGUUGGAAAUGCAGAGUUGAGACUCGAGGCACUGAUCAGCCUUUGGAAAACAAUAAUAAGCUUCUUUUUCAGAGACUUGAAAGAUCUGAAUGACCCUUUUUUGGAAGUAAUAUCUGUACAGAAAUAAGGAACGGUUACAUCUGCAAAUGCAAUAAUUCUUAUUUUUAAUAUGAAGAUAUUAUUUAUACAUGUAUAUGUACUGUAUAUUGUAAUAUAACGUGCAAUAGUUAUGGUUUUCCGCAGCCUCUGGGCGUAUACAGCAUCCACUCACUCAUUCAGGUAAACGGUGUGGCACACACACACACACACACACAGACACACACACACACACACAGACACACACACACAGGCACAUGCUGCCACCAGGUAUAUCUUUUUGAGCCUUCACUAGCUGUCCAUUGCUGAGAGAGCUUUUCCCACAAACAGCUGCUGGGUGGGGCUCUCCGUGUUAAGGUGGGGCCGUGGUUUCCACAGUGUGUCAAGACGCUACCUCGUACCGCACCUCGCGUCCCACAGCGAACAAGUGGGACGAGGCGGAGGUGAAACCUGGUGCUGCAACGGUCCACACGCCUAAGAUAGCCCCCCCCCCCCCCCGUCAGCUCCCAGCGAAGCAAAGUCUGUGCUUCACAAUAAAAAGGGAAGAUUGUAAAACACACACACACUCACAUUACAAAGUCAUUAAAUUAUGUUUUCAUGGUAUUCUUACAUUUUCAGCUAUUUUUGUUACAAGUCUGACACUUUGAAUACAGUUGUUUUCUAAUUGUUAAAAUGUAAAUGUACAACUAUGCAACUUGUACUAUCCACAGGGGGAGUCUAUUUUAAUUCUGAUUCAAAUCCAGAUAUCAAGGCCGUGUUUUGAAGCACAUCUCAGUCAUUUGGAGCUUUAAAGAUUCCUCAGUCUUUGCUUUUGUCAAUGUCACAGUCCUGGACAAUCAGCAACUUAACUUAACUUAAAUAACUGUCGGUUCACUUGUGCAGCAGUUGUCGCUCGUCUCAAACGUCUAUGUCACACUCAGAGGAUUUCUCACAAUACACAACAAUAAACUACCACAAUUCAUGAGCUCACAGGUCUGUACAGACAUUUUAUGCCGUGUGAAUGAAGUCUAAUGAAAAAGGUAAUUUAAUAAAUGUUCUGAAACCUUUGUUGAGAAGCAGCUUGAAGUU